AUGCUCAAUCCUGCCGAAGACUACAAGACAAGCGUUCUGUCCGGGCUCAGCCCUACUAUCAUCAUGGAGUGUGCAAGCAGAGGUCUGGCUUUCUAUAGCUAUCAGGCCUCGCAAGAGAUCAUAUAUCAAGAGCAUCUGGCAAAGUCAUUGACGGAGAAGUAUGCAAACCUGAAUCAAGCCAUGGAUAAGCUUAUACAUGAAGCCAAUGCUCAGAUCAAGUCACUCCAGGAGAAGCUACAAGCAAUGUAUGAAGAGCAAGCUUCCCUUGAGCAUAACAACGAGGAGUUGGCGAACGCCUUCCGAGCCAAGACCAAAGCGCAGCAGCAAACCCAAAAGAUGUACCAGGCACUCAAAGCCCAAGUCAUGGCAACACAAGUCGCGAACGCCGCUGGCGAAGAAGUCGACCAUGCCAUGCAUACGAUCCGGCAAAGCGAUCGCUACGUCGACAAGCUCCCAGGUACACGUUCAGGCACCGUAAAUCUCAAUCAGCUCGGUACGAACCAGCAACGUGGCGGAGGGCGACUGCAUAAUCGUGAUGCCAGCGGAAGUUCGGGCAGCAGUGGGCAACAACGGAUUGGUAGUCGACUUCAGUUCAACCCUCAAUUGCAGCAACGAAUGUUUGGUGGUCGGACGAACACUGGCCAGUCAGCACCUGUUGGCACGCCACAAGUGCAGGGACACCCGAGUCGCCGUAGCCAAAUACCCGUAAUGGGCGGUACACGUCAGAACGCCUUCAACAACGUCGACAUUGGUCCGCCGUAUCAAGCCUCGCCUAUGACGCGCCAGCCGCUUGCUGGCAACAUCAACGCACGUAAUAUGAACUUCGGGCUCUCAGGUAGCACAUCGAAGAGGUCUGGGAUGGGUAACAUUGGACACCCAGGGCGUUGA